GUCCUGAGGGGGUGCGGGGGGUCGGAUAGGGGGUCUAAAGGUGCGGCAUGGCAAGCAGUACCGUAAAGUACUCAAAGGUACGUUCUUGGGUAUUUGGGUGUUGUUGGGGUUUGGUCUGGCUGAACAUGAACAGGGGCACAACAGUGGCAGCUUAUACCCGGCGUUUCACCUUCCAAUAUCACAACCUCCUCGUCACGAGAGAACGAAGACGAUAUUGCGGGCUCAAUAACUUGGACGCGCGAUUCAUCUGGUUCGAAAGGGUUGGAGAAUGUCGCGAGACCCUUCAUCACAGGUGUUCAGGUCGGUCCCCGAGGAAUGGUCGUGUUAGUUUGGCUAUGCUGAUCGGAGGAAAGCAUGGUCUUUAAAAUCGUCGACACGGCUCUCCAUAGCCCAAUCCCUGCCCAAUACGUGACGCCUCCAAGAGGGAGAGAAUGAAUAAUUCUAAAAUAGCAGAAGCCCUUCCUGGCUGCACAGGCCCAACCCCUCUCAAGUUGAGAGGGGAGUGGCGGCGGGGGUUGAAAGUCUCAACCCCGCCGCCACUCAUUAGGCAAAACCAUGCCCAUCUCCGCAGGCGCAGCCUCGACAAAGCCGUUCGCAAAGUACAGCCUCCGACCCGGCGGGUCAGCCAGCAGGCUGACAUAAGGGUCGCCCUCGGGGGCAUGCUCGCGGAUCCGCGCGACCAGCUCGG